AUGAUAGUCUCUCGGCAGCCUGAACUUGACGCUGAAAAAAAGAAAAAAGAUGAGGAAGAGAGUGAGAAAAAGAGAUUGCUUGAUGAGCAUGCAAAUGGGGUGAAUAGUUUAUUGGAUUGGUUGGAAGGAUCUGGAGAGAAAUGGCUUCAAUCGUUGCACGAGAUUGGCGAGAGUCGAGAUGAGGCAAGACAGCUCGUCAGAGAACACGAGCAAUUGACGACAAAGAGUCAAGAAGUCUCCCAGCAAGCUGAAGAGUUGGCCGAAUUGGCGCAACGCUUAACCGCCACAGCUCCCGAACACGCAAUUACACUACAAAAAUUCGUGACAUUCUUUUGUCAACGUCUACAAUUUUUCAUGAGUCGGGUGAAACGACAAGCUGAAAUGGUUAAUCGUAGUGAAAAGUUUCAUGAACAAAUGAGUGAGUUUUCGCGAAAAACCGACAACUUAUUGGAGUCUUUGUGCACGGAUUUGCACUGCUCUGAUCUCGCCGGCGCCGAGAUCGAAAGAAAACAAUUGGAGGAGAAAGUCGAGCAAAUGGAAAGCAUUUACGAAGAGGUGAUGGAUAUCGGCGCCGUCUUUGCUGAGGACCUGGCCACUCCCGAAAAAGGCCCAAUAAAGGGUUCGAGAAACUACGUCGCUGGCGUUGCUCACAUCAGGGAAAACAUGGCCGCCGCGAAGCACCGGAGAAAGAGAUGCCUAGACUUAGUGGACGUGCGCCGAUUGAAACUCGAACAGAUCAUCCGAUUGAGUACUUGUGAAAGAGAUGCAAAUCAGGCAAUUUCUUGGAUCGAAGAGCUUCAGGAGACGCUGAGACGAGACUACAAUCAAGUUGGCUGUGAUGAGACAGAGUUACGAGUGCUGAAAAAAGACCGGGAACAGCUUGAAGAUACGGCAAGAAGCACCUAUCACUACGGAAAAGAACUCUGCCAAGUGGCGCUCGUUUUGCGGCGAUCGUUGAGAAUGGACUCAAGUCCACAGAAACAACUAGCCGACAAGCUUGAGCACAUCUGGGGCCGUUUAACCCGAGCAUUGACUGAGCACGACGCCCGGACACACGUCUGUGCCGCUUUCAACUCAGCAUGUGUACAGAUCCUGAAACGCAUUGAUGAGCUGGAUCGACAGGCGAAAGAGUAUUUGUUGACUAAAGGACGGAGACAAGGCCCACCAACAUUACUUUUCUCAGUGGAGCGACGAAAGCUCGGCUCUGAUGUAGCCGAAUUGAGACACAUUGGAGAGAUGCUCGUCGCACAAACAAAUGCUAAUCAUGUUGCAAGUAAAGAAGCUCGAAGUGCAGCUGUUUCUCUUGUACGUCAAAAAGUGGAAGAGGUGGAAGAGAAACGAAAUCAGUUAGAGACGAUUAUUGACGGACGAUCAGUGCCUGAAGAGGAUCGUUUUCUCGUUCGUGGAGUGCCGACCUCAAUUCUCACGUCUACCACCGCACCUCCACAAGUCGAUCCACCUGGUCACAUUCGAAUUGGAGACAACGAAAGCUAUCUU